UCAUUUUUUCUUUUUUCCAGAAAUUACGCACCGCUUCCAGACGGCCCGGCCCGAGGUGCGGCAGCUGCUGCUGCAGUACCUACUGCCCUGGCUGCACAACAUGGAGCUGGUGGACCCGAGUGUGCCUCCCGCCAACCCGCUCUCGUACUUCCAGUACUACGCGUCGGAGCUGACGCGCGCCGGGGGCCGCCGCGAGGGCUGGGGCUCGGCCGAGGCCACCGAGAUGGUGCUCAACAACCUGUUCUACAUCACGGCCAAGGUGAGUGAGCUGUCUUAUCAUUCUGUUCUGACGGUGACCGUCGUCGGGACUUGGGCUCUGUCGGUCCACUUUACUACAAAGUCCUCCUAAAGCU